AUGACAAUUCGUAAGUCACAACGUACCCGUACAUUAACAGAAAAGGUUAAACCUAUUAGGCAGACGACUAACAGUUUAGAACACCCAGCAAAAAAGAGGAAAUUGAAUGUUGAAGAAGAUGCAGAUAAGAUUGACCCAGUAGAGAAGUUACUUAGCUUGACUAACUUGAACAAUGAUAUCUUGAAUGUGGAUGAACCAUCACCGGUGAACUACAUGAAUAUUGCGAGCAAUAAUUCUACCGAGCAGAUUUCGUUGAAUUUCACUAAGAUUUUGAACGAUAACUUGAGGGCAUACUAUUCUAGAUUGAACAAGAACCCCUUAGAAGUAUACAAUGACAACUCGACAUUUGGUUUAUUGAAUAAACAGCCAACCGCUGAAGUUGAUCAAGAAACUGCUCCAAAACACUUUGAUGUUCCCUUUUUUAAGAAGGUUAACUUUAAUUCUAACUCUAAGUCAUAUACCUUUGACGAGUACUUGUCAUAUGAUGAUUUGACAGACACCGACGAGUCGGAUGAAGACAAAUCUCCUAUCACCCCUAUUUCAUUGCCUCCACCAUUGAAUGGCAAGAUGAGUUUUCACUACAGACACAACGACAACUUGAAUUUGUCGUUGAACCAGCAUCCUGAAAGUGAGCCUCAAGAUAUUUGUAAGAUAUUAAAUAAAAAUUGUUUAAUAUCUGGUAAAGCUAGUGAAAUGGUUGGCACUGGUAAUUUUAUGAUAAAUGAUUUUUUUCUAUAA